AAUACAAACUUAGAACAUAUAUGUGCUAAAGCCUACCAACCAUUACAGACUUGACUUCUGCCAAUAUUUUGGUCUUCUCUGGCCAUGUUGUACAAUUCAUGUUCCAUGAGGAAUUUGUCUUCAUGAAGAUUCCUAAUAUUGGUAAUGUGAUGAAUAAAUUUGAGAUCCUUGGGGUUGUAGGUGAAGGAGCCUAUGGUGUUGUGCUUAAGUGUAGACACAAGGAGACACAUGAAAUUGUGGCCAUUAAAAAAUUCAAAGAUAGCGAAGAAAAUGAAGAAGUCAAAGAGACAACUCUACGAGAACUUAAAAUGCUUCGCACUUUGAAGCAGGAAAAUAUUGUAGAACUAAAAGAAGCUUUUAGAAGAAGAGGAAAACUGUAUUUGGUGUUUGAAUAUGUAGAGAAAAAUAUGCUUGAGUUGCUAGAAGAAAUGCCAAAUGGAGUACCUCCUGAAAAAGUAAAAAGUUAUAUCUACCAGCUGAUUAAAGCAAUUCAUUGGUGUCAUAAAAAUGAUAUUGUUCAUAGAGAUAUUAAGCCAGAAAAUCUCCUAAUAAGCCACAAUGAUAUUUUGAAAUUGUGUGACUUUGGUUUUGCACGGAAUUUGUCAGAAGGUAGCAAUGCAAACUAUACAGAAUAUGUUGCCACCAGAUGGUAUCGUUCUCCUGAACUCUUGCUAGGGGCCCCUUAUGGCAAGUCUGUAGAUAUGUGGUCAGUGGGCUGUAUUCUGGGGGAACUUAGUGAUGGACAGCCACUGUUUCCUGGUGAAAGUGAAAUUGAUCAACUUUUUACAAUUCAGAAGGUAUUAGGACCACUUCCUGCAGAACAAAUGAAGCUUUUCUACAGCAAUCCCCGUUUCCAUGGCCUACGGUUUCCUGCAGUCAACCAUCCACAAUCUUUGGAAAGGAGAUACUUGGGAAUUUUAAGUGGUGUUUUGCUUGACCUUAUGAAGAACUUGUUGAAACUGGAUCCAGCUGACCGAUACUUAACAGAGCAGUGUCUGAACCACCCAUCAUUUCAAACUCAGAGGAUGUUAGAUCGUUCACCUUCACGGUCAACUAAAAGAAAGCCUUACCAUGGAGAUAGCAACACUUUAUCCAGCAGAAAUCAAUCUGGCAAAGGUACCGCUAUGCAGUCUCAUCACAGAUCAAACAGCAAAGAAUUACAGAAUGUGGGACUGCAAAGAGAAGAUACCCUUUCAACAAAUGAAAGCUUUUUAAAUGGAAAUCUCCCUGUAACCUCUCACAGUCCAAUGCUGUUAAAAAAGACAAACAAUCCUCCAUCUGGAAGUAAGGAUCUAGCUAAUAACAACAUACCACAUCUUCUCAGUCCAAAAGAAGCAAAGACAAAAGCUGAAUUUGAUUUUAAUUCAGAAGCCAAAGCUUCAGAUGGUCCUGGUACUAAAUACUUGAAGUCAAAUUCCAGAUCACAGCAUAAUCGUCAUUCAUUUAUGGAAGGUUCGCAGAACAAAACUGGCACACUACAAUUGGGUGAAAGGCAUAGCCGUCACAGUUAUAUUGAUACUAUUCCACAAUCUUCAAAGAGCCCCUCAUAUCGCACCAAAUCAAAAAGUCAUGGAGCUCUGACUGAUUCCAAAUCUGUGGGUAAUUUAUCUGAAGCCAGAAUUCAAGUUUCAGAAUCAAACAGCAGCAGAUAUUUUCCUUCCAGCUGUUUGGAUUUAAACUCUCCUACUACACCAACACCUCCUCGUCAUGCUGAUAGUAGAACUUUGCUCAGUCCUUCCAGGAGAAAUAACAGAAGUGAUGGUACACUGGAAUCACGAAGGCCAUCUACAAGACAUUCCAAAACCAUGGAGGAGUUAAAAUUGCCAGAUCACAUGGAUGGAAGCCAGUUACAUUCUGCAUCUGCUCCUCAUGAAUCUUUUUCUUAUGGUUUAGGCUACACGAGUCCUUUUUCUUCACAGCAGCGCCCUCAUAGACAUUCUAUGUAUGUGAGCCGGGACAGAGUGAGGACAAAGGGCUCAGAGGGUGGCUUAAGCGUAGGGCAAGGGAUGGCAGCCAGAGCAAACAGCCUGCAACUGUUAUCUCCACAGGUGCAGCAUAAAUCUCUUACAAGAUCUGUUGGCUCUUCACGUGAAGAUUGUACAGAAGAUUCCAAUAGGGGUGGAACAUAUCGUGAUCAACACCCAGAUGAUGGAGCAUCCACAAAAGAAAAUAGACUUCUGUAUAAUGAUUCUGUACCUAGAAGAGUUGGUAGUUUUUACAGAGUCCCAUCACCACGCCCAGAAGGAACAUUUCUAGACAAUAGUGCCUCAAACAGAAUACCUGCACUGCCUGCAGAAAGCAGUUUAACAAGCCAUUCAAAGAGACAAACUGCUUUUGAUUCCUGGAAAAGUGCUGAUGAUACUCAUUCUGAACAGCUAAAGGAUAAAGAAAAACAAAGUUUUUUCAGGGCAAUAAAAAAGAAAAAGAAGAAAUCUCAGUCAACAGAAUCUACCAAGAUGGAGAAUCCAAGCAUCAAGAAAUCUCUCUUUCCUCUUUUUAUUUCAAAGAAUCAUUUAAAGCAUAGCUCUUCUUUGAAAAAGAAUCCUGUAGUCCCUCUACCUAUGAUGCCUGGAAGCGACAAUCAGGAUCUUUUGGCAAUACAAAAAGCUAUUCACUCGUCUAAUCAUCCAGCCAGCAGGCAGAAGGAUUGGCAUUCUGAAAAGAUGACAGAAAUUCAAGGGCAUAGUCAGCCUCUAAAAUCCUUACGCAAGCUGUUGCAUCUUUCUUCCUCCUCCUCCUCAAACCAUUCGAUUCCUUCUGAACCCCGAUUCCAGCCUUUACCAAAUCAGCCAGCUAAAACUUCUUUUUCUGAAGUUCGAAUUUAUCCUAUGAGUCAAGCUUCCACUACCAGCAGCAGCAACCUACGUCAAGAAUCCCAAUCAAAAGGCAGAGCAGCUCUUCAGCUCCCAAGCCAGAUGGAACCAAGCUGGCACGUUUCCCCAGGGAACACAAGUGCCAGUGAGACAUCAUCAUACUCGGAUCAGAUGGCUUCGAAAAGUGGGCAAAACGGGCAUAUAUAUAACCGAACAAACCGAUCUCGAAUGCCAAAUCUGAAUGAUUUAAAGGAGACGGCUUUGUAAUUAUAUCCAAGAAAGUGAUAUUGCAGGGAUUGACCGAGGGAUAUGGUGAUGCUGGUGAUUGGAGUAAUGAUUGUACUUGCAGCUUUACAAGAGUGUGCAAUAGAGUAUGUGUAGCUACUACUACCACAUCAAUAGGGAUAGUAUAGUGAAAUGAACUUUAUAAAUUGCCAUUCACACAAUAUAAUAGCAAAAGAAUGUGCAAUUCAGGGAGAAUGAACUAUAUGCCCUUUUCUCUCAGCUUACAUUCCAGCUUAGUAUGCAUAUUUGUCUGAAAGCUAUUUUGACACA